GAGCCGGUGGAUCUCGAGGCUCCCGCGUAUACCACCAAGGAGUGGGGAUCCAACGUGCUUCUGCAACUGGCGCCUCCCAAGGACGAGGCCGUGGCCAAGGAGUGGACUGCCGAGGUUCCCCUUCACCUACGCUAUCUCAAGCCGACUCCGACAGGCAAAGAAGAGGCAGGCAUCCCUUAUCCGGUGGUGUUCUGGGCGUGCGAAGGCAACAAAGAUGCUGCCUAUGCCGUCAGUCCGUUUGAUCGCGCUACUUUGGGUUACGACGGUCUGUUCGAACCGGGCACGACUUUUUGGCAUGUGAGCCCUAAGCCGGAGGCCGACGGCCGUCUUAUCAACAACAUCAGCGUGCCUGUGGUGACGGAGGGCGCGUCUCAGUGGGUGGGAAUUGGAACGGCGGUGGCCGUGGUGUUGGGCUUUGCCUGGGUCUUGUUGACGCUGGCGGGAGGAUACGCAAAGUCUGGACAUGGAGCUGUGGUGGCGAAGAAGGAGGAUGAGGGCAAGAAGGAGAAAUGAGAC